AUGCUCCCUCGCAUCUAUUGCAAAUUAAGCAAGAGUCCACCAUCAUCACACUAUAAGAAGAAACUCCUCAUUCCUUCAAAGUACAACACUUUUCUUAACUCUCCAAGGAUCUUCCACUCCCACAAAUUUUCUUCUAAAGACAAAGAAAUGGGGAAGUUUUUGUGGACCUUGAUUACCCCACUUCAUUCCCUUGCUGGGCCGGUGGUGACCUUAUUGUAUGCAUCAGUGAUAGCAAUAGAGAGCCAAUCUAGAUUGGAUGACAGGCAGUGGCUUUCUUAUUGGAUUAUUUAUUCGUUUCUUUCCCUCAUGGAAAUGCUUCUCCAACCUCUCUUGGAUCGGAUUCCAAUUUGGUACGAUGUGAAGGUAGUGGGAGUGGCAUGGCUGGUUUUGCCGAAGACCAAAGGCGCUGCUUUCUUGUAUGAACGCUAUGUGAGACCGCAUGUUCGGAUGCACAUAACUGAGAGGGGGAGACGUGUUGCAUGA